AACAAAAUUUCCAUUAACCCGUAUUAAGAUAAAUAAUCAAUUUCAUCAAUCCAAAGACAGGCAGACCAGAAAUGAAGUUGGGCAUGGAGUGCUGCUGCUCCUUCACCCCCAACACACAAAACCAUCUCCUAAUUCCCUCCGUAACAUCCCCUCUCAUUACUACAUUCACCAAAAGGCCCCUCGUUUCAACUCUCAAACAGAUCCGGGCAUCAUCAUCCGAUAAUGGUAGUUGUAGCAGCAGCAGUAAUUCCCGGCGAGAAGCCGGUGGCAGUGAUAGCAGAACCGAGAAAGAUGCCGUGGUGUCGGGUACCACGGCUAGAGGAAGGAGAUUGCUCAAGCUUCGCGAAGUGAAGAGAGAACGCGAAUACGAUAGACUUCACAACUAUCCUGCCUGGGCCAAAGUGCUGGAGAAUGCGUGCAAGAAUGAUGAGGAGCUUCGCGCUGUACUUGGAGAUAGCAUUGGUAAUCCUGAGCUUAUGAGAAAGCGAGUUGAAGACAGAGUCAGGAAGAAAGGUCGCGACUUCCACAAAUCAAAAACUGGCUCUGUUGUUGCCUUCAAAGUCAGUUUCCGGGACUUCAAUCCUCUUGAUUCCUAUAUAUGGUUUGAAUUACUUGGAUCUCCGACAGAUCAGGAUGUUGAUAUUAUUGGCAGUGUUGUUCAAGCAUGGUAUGUUAUGGGACGGUUGGGUGCCUUCAAUUCUUCUAAUUUGCAGGUUGGAAAUCAAUCAAUGGAUUACAAUCCGAUCUACGACGCAGACAAGGGUUUUAAUGUAAUGCCUUCAUCAUUUCAUGAGAUUGGUGAUGUUGAAUUCCAAGAUAACUGGGGGCGUGUUUGGGUUGACCUUGGCACAUCUGAUUUUUUCUCUAUCGAUGUGCUUCUCAACUGCUUUACAGUUCUGAGUUCAGAAUAUCUUGGCAUUCAACAGGUGGUAUUUGGUGGACGGCGCAUGGGAGACUGGGAAGAGGGCAUGACAAGCGCCGAGGAUGGAUACAAGUACUUCAAGAUUUAGGAACAAUAAAACCUAGUUGUUAUUUCACAUUAUACCACUUCAUUGUAUACGUCAUGGUUGUUUUCUUGUUGUUGUGAUCAUCAUCACACAAGUGAAGGAUCCCCAUUAAUUAGAACUGAACUUGAUGAUACAGUUCUUGCGCUGUGAGGCUUCCUUGUGAUUGAUAGCUACUCAAAAGUCAGAACAUUUCUUUUGUAACUGGGUACAUACAAUAUCGAAUCCAAGUUCAUUGGCUUGAGCGACCUCUCACAAGUUUAAGGGUCA